AUGGUUACUCAAUUCAAAACUGCCAGCGAAUUCGACUCUGCAAUUGCUCAAGACAAGCUAGUUGUUGUGGAUUUCUACGCCACUUGGUGCGGUCCAUGUAAAAUGAUUGCUCCAAUGAUUGAAAAAUUCUCUGAACAAUACCCACAAGCUGAUUUCUACAAACUGGACGUUGAUGAAUUAGGUGAUGUUGCUCAAAAAAAUGAAGUUUCCGCUAUGCCAACUUUGCUCCUGUUCAAGAAUGGUAAGGAAGUUGCAAAGGUUGUCGGUGCCAACCCAGCUGCUAUUAAGCAAGCCAUUGCCGCUAAUGCUUAA